UUACGAGCCAAUCGCAUACUAAAACUGGAUUGCGAUCGGCUGGUGGAUGAACAAACAUCUGAACUCAAGGAAGAAAUAAAUCAUCUUCGGUUCCAAAAUGUUCGGCUACAACGAAGCAAUCGACUUUUACAAGACGACCUGAAUGAAUACAUGACAGAAAUGAAUCAAAUGCGCAAUGACCAGAUUCGGAAAAUGAAAAAUGUCGGUCCAGAGUACGAGUAUCUGGUGCAGAUGAUCAAUCUACUCUAUCGCCAGUUACAAGGCAAACCAACAUGUGAAAAGACCUGCUGUUUUACAAACAAACCGCUGAGUCAAGGAUUCUCUGUGCUCACGCUGCCACCGGAUGACAGCCAAGACCAGCGUGCCAAACCGCAGCAUAUCUGUCGACCCGCGAUCCACUCGCACGUGAACGGCGGCAGCUUGGCUGUUGCGUCACAGCAAGAGAACGCCCGACUGCGCGAGGAGAUGGACCAGGUCAAGCAUGACCGCGACAGUCUGUAUGAGGUCAUUCACGAAAAGGAGGAGGAUCUCGAGACGCUCAAACGCGAACUGAAGAUGAAGGAUGAUAUCGUCAGCCAGUUAGAAAAGGACUUUGAGCGCAUGGAGGUCGAGGUGGUCGAUUUGCAAAAGGAUUGGCGACAGUCUGACCGUUACUCUGAACUACGGCAUUUUCCCACUCCCCCGCCAAAAGAUAAGCAGGAGCACCUCACGGACACGUACUUUACAGUCAAAGAGAUACCACGAUAAAACAACAGAAACCCUUAUUAAUUCUAAUAUCAAGAGAGAGAGAGAGAGAGAGAGA